AUGUUCGUCGACAUUUUCGAUCAGCUCUACAUCUCGUACGCGGCGGUCGUCUCCACUCUCGGGGUUCUUCUCAACGUCUUCCUUCUCUUUCUGAUCUUCUUCAAAAGUCCUGCCUGUCUGACUCCGUACACCGUCUUCCUGGCCAACACUUCCAUCACUCAACUGCUCUACUCGAUCUGUUUCAUUCUAACGAUACCGAGGUAUGCGUGCGGUCCCUUCUUCUGACUAACUGAUCACUUUCAGAGUGAUAUCCGUGAAUCUGCGGAUAGUCAACAUUUAUCUCGGUGUUUCUCAGUUUCUCGGUCACUGGUGGAGUUACAUGAUAUUUGUGACGAUGCGUACGAGUUUGAGAAGAUGUUCAUCCACGGCAAUGUUCUUUUUCAGUGCACUUCGCAGUGAACUCCUUCCUCUCCAUCAUGCUUUCAAUGGUCUUCCGGUGUAUAUCUCUGAAGACCCUUCGGUUUCCGACGUCUGGAGCUUUCGUCAUGUGUAUUCUAGCGUAUAUGAUCCCUUUGAGCAUGGUCGUCUGUAUUCGGGACAUUGACUUCACUUCUGAUUUCACAAUCAACAGUAACUAUACUCUUUGGCAGCUGGAGAAUUUGGAAAAGUACAAUACGGUUGUCGGGACUAGUGUCGCACAGGUACAAACUUUCAGAGUUCAAUAAACUUUUCCUUCAUUCAGCUCUCCACACUCUGGGUCGCAUGUUGCGUGAGUCUUCUUUGCGUUCCCAUCUAUAGUGUCAUGUUCUACUGUCGCUACCGUAUCCUUCGAAUGCUCGAACGGCCUGGCUAUCUGUUCAACACUACCACAACUUGGCAGAUCAGAAGACUGGUCAAAGUGAGUAUAUGUCAUUCUUUAACAAAAAAAACCAUUUGAUUUCAGGCACUGACGGUCCAAUCCAUGAUUCCUGUUUUCACUCUGUUUCCCGCCUCGAUCAUCUUCCUGUCGACACAGUUCCACGUGAUCGAGACCACAAAGUUCGGCUAUCUGAUCAUAUCGCUUCUGAGUUUAAGUGAGUAACCAGAAGAAAUGAAAUCAAUCCGUGAAAGAACGUUCGUAAAAACAUGCGUAUCCAGCUGGAAUAGUUAUUGUCAACAAGCAGUUAGUUAGGUCUUGUUGAGCCCGUACAGAAAAGAAGAAAUAAGGAAGUCAGAGAAUCCGUAACGUUUGCCCACACAUCCAAGUUUCCAGGCCCAACGAUCGAUCCCCUGGUGACCAUAUACUACGUGCAACCCUAUCGAAAGUACAUCGUCGACCUGCUGUGGUUUGAGGAACGUCCCGCCAUCUCGCCGUUCCUAUCCGGCAACGAUCCCCGUUGCUACCGAAGCCGUUCGAGCAGCGUGCUCAUGAUGCGCAACACGCACUUCGUCUGA